GAAAAUGGGCGCGAGCACUCCCAUUUCUUUUCUGAUGGUACACACCGUGGUGUAGACUACCGCUUUUGUAUUGUAUGCGUAUUGUGCCGCUACAAAAACGUAUGACUAAAGUAUAAGCAACUGUAAUGAUAUUUAAAAUUUAUAAAUCUAGUAACUACGAAAGAAGUAUAGUAACGUAAUAAUAUACAGUGUUAUACAAGAAUUGUAAUUAUAUUCACUGACUGGGUGUAUAAUGGAUGAUAAGGAUCCAACAAGUGUCAUUAAAAUGAUAAAGGAUCUUAAGGCAGGUUCUGAAGCAUAUCGUAAAAGUAAUAACAGUGUGUCUUUAAGAUUAUCUGGUACUGCAUAUACACCACUGGCAUUUGGUGAAUCUGAUGAAUGUGUUAUAUCACCUAAAAGGCCAAGAUUAAGUGAUUCUAAUGAUUGUAGUUUAAAUAUGAGUGAGGCUGAGACUGUUCCAAGUAGUCCAUGGGAAUGGCGAAGAUUAAAAGGACAGGUUGUGUCCUUGAAGACAAGAUUGUCUCAUCAGGAAGCUGCUGUACAGCAGCUUCACAAAAUACGCAGACAAAUGGAAGAAGUCUUCGAAAAGGAGAAAGGUAUUUUAGAGAUGCAAGUGGAACAAGAUAAACAGACAAUUAAACAACUGGAAGUGCGCCUUGAUAUUUCACGUAGAACAAUUCAGGAUGCAUCUGAAGCACGAGCUUCUGUAGAGAAAGAGCUAUUUCAGGUAAAAACGAAUUUGGAGCAGAAAAUUAUGUCGCUAAUGAACGAAAAUGCAAAGCUGUUAGAAGAUCAUAAACAUGCACCUGUACAAGAGGGUAAAAUAGUAACAAAGGAUUCUACUGAUGUAUCUGAAACACAACUAAAACUGGAUGCAGCUCAAAGAAGAAUAACACAGCUGGAAGGGAAAUUGAAGGAAUAUCAGACUAAGCAACAGGAGUUGGAAUUGCAAAAUGUGGAACUCCAAAGUAUGAAAAUAAAAGUUGAAAGGUUGGAGUCGGAAAGAGCGCUAUGGGAGGAAGGAAAGACGUUUGUUGCAAGAGCCGCGAGAGCGAAUGAACUUGAGAAAGAGCUUAGCACUGCAAAAGAAACCAUUGUUUCAUUAAGAGAGUCAGUGCGGGGAAAAUUACUUUUAGAAGAACAAAUGGCCAAUGUAAUGAAAAGAUUAGAUCAUAUGGAAAAAGUAGAGCAGCAGGUUGCUACACUUGAGGCCAAAAAGACGGAACUUUCAUUGCGCUUGGCCGAAUAUGAAUCUACUGGAAUUACUGGUGGACCAACUGCUUUAAAACGCGAAUUGAAUCGACUGCAACAAGCUGAAUUAGUCUUAAAAUCAGAGGAAGGGCAGCUGAGAUCUAGACUGGAUGCUGCAUUGAGGGAGUCGUAUACUUUGUCGAAGAAUUACGAAGAUGCUAAAAAAGUGGCUAUGGAUGUUACAGCCUCCAAGGAACAGUUGAACAAAUUAGUGAAUAGAUUACAGAAGAAGAUGAUCCUUAUUACGAGAGAGAGGGACAGUUAUCGACAACAAUUAGACUUAUACGAAAAAGAGAUAACGAUAGACACUAAUAACGCGAUAACCGAAAGGAUUCCUGUGCUGGAACGUACGAUAGAUGUUUAUAGAGAAUUAGUCGCCAAAUUAGAAAGUGAUCUUCAAUUGGCUGAGAGUCAUAACCAAGCGGACGAGUGCAAUAAGUUGAGGGAGGAAGUCGAACGAUUGAAGGGUGAAUUGGAACAUAGAGCAUUGAAGGGCGAUUUUAAUUGCAACGCGAGGAUACUGCACUUCACUAUGAAUCCUGCUGCCAUUGCAGAACAACAAGCGGAGGAGAAACAGAAGGCUUUGCUACAUGAAGUGGAAGAGUUGAGGGCGAAAGUCGCGCAAGGUGGAGUCAACAUGACGACAUCCUCCCUUCAAACACAAGAAAUAGCGGAACUCAAACAGACACACGAGAUUAAAAUAGCUCGCCUCAAGGAAGCCUUCAAAGCAUCAUCGCAAGAAUACCGACAAGCUUGUUACCAAUUGUUCGGUUGGAGAGUGGAUAGAACGAAGGAAGCUCGAUACAAGUUAUCUAGUCAAUACGCCGAAUCGCCGGAUGAUUUCUUAUUCUUUAAAAUUGGAGAGGAGGGAGUGGACCUUUUGGAAACUGCGUUCUCUGCGACACUCGGCACGUUAGUGGAGCGACACCUGCAACAACAACACAGCGUGCCUAUGUUUCUGAACGCAGUGCAAACAGAUUUAUUUAAUCAGCAAACAAUGACGAACGUUAUGAGUUGAUUUUCUUAAUUGUCAUUGAAUCUACGAGAAAUCUUUGCAUACUGAGAGCUGUAAAAAGAAGACGGAGAUCAUGAAAAUAUUUUAUUACUGACAAAUUAUACAACCGAGAACUUGCA